AUGAGGUCGAUAUAUCACUUGAUUGUCGUCCUGUUGGCGAGUGGUCUACUUGCCCUUGCCGGGGCAUUUUCUCCGGAGGUUUCCCUAAACAAAUUCCCCUUGUCCAACGAGAUACGAUAUUUUGAUGAUUCGCCGAGUAUCUUGUCGCUAAAGGAAGGCCGGAUCUAUGUAUCUUACGACGACGGCAGACUGUUUAAAGUCGUAGAUGAAAUCAAGGAGAGGGCAGCUGGGUUCCAGAUUGACCCCUUUGUCAAAGAAAGAGCAUUUGUCUUGACAAUGACCAAAUCCCAGUACGUGACUAAUGACCAGGGCAAGAGCUGGAGGAGAUUUGAGUCGGAGGUUUUCGAGUUUGAAGGCAAUGGAAUGGCCUCGAUCCCUCAACUUGAAUUCAACGCAGCAGAUCCAAACAUGCUCCUCCUAUCCAACUACCAAUGCCCCAACAACGCCAAGUAUAACCAUCGGUGCAAGCACAGGUACCACUACACCACCGAUGGAUUCAAAUCUGGGUCGAAAAGAUUACCUAUUGAACCGCACGUUUGUCGCUUUGCCAGAUCUACCGCAGAAUCUAACAUUGGGGACAAAUCCUCAUUGUACUGUUCGGAAAACAAAUUGAACUCGUUUGAACACAUUAUGCUGUCGAAGUUGAUCAAGUCCAACGAUUUCUUCAAAACGCUGACCGAAUUGCAGUUGACUGAUGUUGGCAAUGGCGCAAUUGUGGAUAUCAAAGUCGAAGAAUCCUUUAUGACCAUUGUUCUGAGACUCGAUAAAUACAAUGAUAAAUCCAAAAUCGACAUGUACGUUUCGCGUGAUGGCAACAUCUUCUUCAAAGCCGACUUGCAAAUCGAUGUCAAGUAUGGGGUCAUGUCAUUUUUGGAAUCUUCGCCUUCGGCAUUUUUUGUCCUGACAAUGGAUUACAAAAGCUCGAGAACGCUGAUUGCAAAACUUUUCCGUUCAGACUCAAAUGGUGUGAGAUAUAAGCAGUUACUCGAUAAUGUAGCAGGCGGCGUGGUCAUGAAAAUGCAAAACAUUGAUGGUGCCUGGUUGGCCAACACCGCGGUGGAUAAAGAAGACGGCGACGACAAGCCCAAAUCACUUUUGGACUUCCUAAUGGGCGGCGGAUCGGAUAAGGACAUUGUUACCAAAUACUCAUUUGACGAUGGUGACACUUGGAAUUUGUUGAAACUGAGUGAUGACCGGUGCAAAAUUGAAGAUGGGUGUUCGAUUCAUUUAUGGACGUUUAGCGAAUUGGGCGGCCAGGGUAAAUUUGUUACGGGUCCUACUCCAGGCAUCUUGAUGGGCGUUGGAAGCAAAGGGAAGCACCUCGCUAACAAAUAUACCGAUAUGAAUACAUACGUGUCUAGAGACGGCGGUGUAUCGUGGAAUUUGGCUUUGGAGGCCCCGUGUGUGUUUUCAUUUGGUGACCAGGGUAACAUCAUCAUGGCUGUGCCCUAUCACGGCGUGCAAAGAGACGAGCCUGUCAAUUAUUUUUACUAUUCCUUGAACCAAGGUAAGGACUGGGAGAAAGUUGACCUCGAAGAGAGCAUCUAUGUGAUUGACAUUUUGACCACCAUUGAUGGAACUUCGCGUAAAUUUUUGAUUGCUGGCUUUGUGCCGCCGCAACAACCCACGGAAGUUUCCACGGAAGCGUUGUAUUACGUUGAUUUUACCAAAGUCUAUGACGGCAAAGUAUGCGGUAAUGACGACUUUGAAGAAUGGACUGCAAGACAAGUCGAUGGCGACUCCGGCACUUGCGUUUACGGCCACAGAGAGAAGUUUAGGCGAAGAAAACAGGAUGCCCAAUGUUCUGUUGCCAAGUUGUUUGAAGACGUGAGAGCCAUAGACGACCCUUGUCAAUGCUCCGAAGUUGAUUUUGAAUGCUCAUUAGGAUUUAUGCCCAGUGAAAAAGGUGGUAACAAAUGCGUGCCUGAUCCAAGAGAACUUAAAAAACUAUGCAAGGGUAAGAAGGAGUUGAAGAUUUUCGACAAGAGUAUGAUUGCAGAGGAUAAAUGUAAUAUGGGUAACAAAAAGACAGAGGACUUUGCAACUUUGGAAACCAUCAAAUGCUCAGAUUAUGUGAGCCCCCCAGGUGGAGACCAAAAUGGCGACGAGCUGGAGAUUACCAUCAAGAUUAAUGAGAUUGAAGGUGGGUUAGGUCAAUAUGCAUACGUGGGUACAGAUGAUGACAAGCUUGCCGAUAACGUCAUUUUGACAACUUCGGACCAGCGUGCUUACGUGUCAAACAAUGGAGGCGCAUCAUUUGUCAAAGUGCCUGUGCAUGACAAAAUAGCUGGCUUUUUCACGGGACCCAUAUCGGGUCAGGUCAUUCUUGUUACGGAAUCAGAUGUGAUUUACGUUUCAUACGAUGGCGGAGCGCUUUUUGAAAAGAUCCACACUCCAGCAAAGUUUUCACAGACUGUGAUUAGACCAGUGGGAUUUCACAAGAACAAGCCCAGCAGUUUCAUUUGGAUCGGUGAUAAAUGUGAUGGUGAUGGCAAUGGCAAUAGUGGCAACUGCAAGCCUACAGCCUACUACACCAACGACGGAGGCGAAUCUUUUAAUGAACUCAUGCAGAACGCCCUCAUGUGUGACUACGUUGGCGCCAUCUUGGAAAAGGAGAGGGAAAAUUUAAUGUACUGCAACGUUCGUGAAAGUGACGGCUCAAAAAGCUUAUGGUCGAUCGAAGGUCUGAAGAAACCGGAAAAAGUGUUUGGAAAUAUCAUUGGCUACGCAAUGACGGGCCACUAUGUCAUUGUCGCAGUGAUUGCAGACGGCUCCCUCGAGGCAAAAGUCACCGUUGAUGGCACCAUUUUUGCUGAUGCCGACUUCCCCAAGGACAUUAAAGUUGAAGCUCAUCAAGCAUACACUGUUUUGGACUCGAACCAAGGGUCCGUUUUCAUGCACGUGACGACGAGCCAGGAGCGCGAUUUUGAAUACGGAACGCUUUUGAAAUCCAACUCCAACGGGACUUAUUUUGUUACUGCUUUGGACUAUGUCAAUCGAAACACCGAAGGCUACGUCGACUUUGAUAGGAUCGAAGGUAUGGAAGGACUAGUUGUUGGCAACGUUGUUGCCAACCAUAAAGAUGGCAAGGCACCAAAGAGAUUGCAAACCCUCGUUUCGAGAAAUGAUGGAGGCGAGUGGGAGUACCUCACACCACCAGUGACCAAUUCCAAAGGCGAGCGAUACAAAUGCACGGGCUCAUCGCUUGCGAAAUGUGCUUUGCACUUGCACGGGUUCACAGAGAGGGCAGAUUACAGAGACACGUUUGCUUCUGGCUCGGCAAUUGGAUUCCUCAUGGGCGUAGGUAACGUGGGAGAAUACUUGACCAGCUACGACGAAGCGUCAACUUUCCUAAGCAUCGAUGGUGGUGUCACCUGGAAAGAAGUGAAGCAAGGAAAAUACCAAUGGGAAUACGGAGACCAAGGUACCAUCCUAGUGCUAGUAGACGCCAAGGACGCAACCGACUCCAUUACGUAUUCACUCGACGAAGGUAAGACAUGGCAAGACUACAAGUUUGCCGACGCCAAAGUCAAAGUGCUCGACCUCGCAACCGUCCCCACAGACACAUCACGCAAGUUCCUCAUCUUUGCCGCCAAUCCUCGCGACGCUCGUGACACGUUAUCUUACUCCAUCGAUUUCACAAACAUUCACCCUCGUCAAUGCCAGCUUGACUUGGACAACCCCGAGCGCGACGAUUACGAAUUCUGGACACCCUACCACCCACAAGGAGAAGACAAGUGCUUAUUUGGCCACGAGUCCAAGUACUUGCGCCGUCUUGCCGACCACAACGACUGCUUCAUUGGCGCGGCUCCGCUUGCUCAGGGUUACAAGCAAACUCGCAACUGCUCGUGCACCAGACGAGACUACGAGUGCGACUACAACUAUGUACGUGACGUUCUGGAUAACACUUGUAAAUUAGUACCCGGAUUAACUGCCGAAGAUCGGAAAAAGGACAUGUGUGCCAAACCAGAUGCGUUCCAGUACUUUGACUCCACCGGCUACAGAAAGAUUCCCCUUUCAACCUGCCAGGGAGGCAAGCAGUUUGACAAAUGGGAACCCAAAGCAUGUCCUGGCAAAGAAGCCGAGUUCAACAAAUAUUACGAUCGUGAAGUUAAGGGAGGCAAGUUGGCCUUGGUGGUGAUUGUGCCCUUUCUCGUGUUCAUUUUCGCCACCUGGUUCGUUUAUGAUCGCGGAAUCAGAAGAAACGGCGGGUUCCAGAGAUUGGGACAGAUUAGAUUGGACGAGGACGACGACGGGUUCCAUCCGAUUGAAAACAACCAGGUCGACGUGGUGGUGAACCGGAUCGUGAAAGGUGGAGUCAUUGGUGCUGCUGUGCUCGUGGCGACGUUCAUGACGUUGAAGAAAAUCGACAAGUUGCUCUUGGACAAAAUCGGCAACUUCGUGUUCCGCCGCAGCCCCGGGCGCAGGAACUAUGUGCACAUCCCGGAGGAGGAUGAACUAUUUGGCGAGUUUGACGAUGAUGUCGAUCAAGAGUUGGAGAAUGGCGCCAGGAUGAGCCGCGAGGAUAUCUUUAGAGAUGACAUUGACGGAGUAGCGGAGGAUACGGAUGCUGAUCACUUGGAAGCUGACGAAGGAUCACAAGCAAAUGAAAGACUUUUCGAUAUUGAUGAUGAAGAAGAAGAAGAAGAAGAAGAGGAAGAACAUGGAGGCGAAGAUGACCGUCUUACCAACAACAAGUAA